AUGUAUAUCAAACGGAAAGGCUCUAUUGCUGGGCCUCCCCUCAAGAUCCCACUCAUGGGUCCGUUCAUCCAGGCACUCCAUCCGAAGUUCGAGGCAUAUCUUGAACAGUGGGCUAGUGGUCCAUUGAGUUGUGUAUCUGUCUUCCAUAAGUUUGUCGUACUAGCCUCCGACCGGGACAUCGCCCACAAGGUCUUCAAAUCACCCUCCUACGCCGAACCAUGCAUUGUACCGAUUGCGAAAGAUAUCCUCGGCCAUCAAGCAUGGGUAUUCCUCCAAGGAAAGGCACACGCGGAGUACAGACGAGGUUUGACGCCUCUGUUUACAAACCGGGCCAUUUCCACCUACCUCCCGGUACAAGAAAAGGUGUUAUCCGACUACUUCGACAAAUUCGUCGCCACUAGUGAUGCGAGCAAGGGACAGGCACUUCCUUUCAUGUCCAUGUUCCGCGAGAUCAACUGUGCUCUUUCCUUGCGGACGUUCUUCGGUGACUAUAUCUCCCAAGCCGCGGUGAAGAAGAUCGCAGACGACUUCUACCUUGCGACUGCUGCCCUGGAACUAGUCAAUGUUCCGCUAUCACUAUACAUCCCUUUCACCAAGCCCUGGCUAGGAAAGCGAACAGCGGAUGCAGUGCACGCCGAAUUUGCAAAAUGCGCAGCAGUAUGCAAGACAAAUAUGGCAACAGGUGCAACACCCACAUGCAUCGUUGACCACUGGGUACUGCACAUGAUUAAAUCGAAAGAAUACCAAGAGAAAUUGGCCGCAGGUGAAACAGACGCCGAAAAGCCAACGAACAUGAUCCGCGAAUUUACGAACGAGGAAAUUGGUGAAACACUCUUCACCUUCCUCUUCGCAUCGCAAGAUGCCUCAAGCAGCGCAACAACAUGGCUCUUCCAAAUCCUCGCCCAACGCCCAGACGUGCUCAACCGACUCCGCGAAGAGAAUCUCGCAGCAAGAGACGGCGACAAGACCAAACCCUUCAACCUGCCCAUGUUAGAGUCCCUAACUUACACGAACGCAGUAAUCAAAGAACUCCUCCGCCACCGACCACCCGUCAUCUUCGUCCCCUAUCUAGCAACGAAGAACUUCCCCGUAACACCUUCCUACACUGUCCCCAAGGGGUCGAUGAUCAUCCCGUCUUCGUUGGAUAUCCGGGGAUGCCGAGUCCAAGACUAA